GCGAGGCAGCGCGACAGCGACAGCGACAGCGCGACAGAGCGCCGCACACAGCAUCAGCUGGUGUGGUGUCGCUGUUUUUUUGGCACGCCAUGCCAUCCUCCUCGUCCAGCCUCGUCGCGGUCCAAGCAACGGAAUAGUCCGCCUUUCUACCAGCCUAAGCGGAGCCAGGGUCGAGGGCGAAUAAGCGGCCAGGGGACUCUCUUACUGUACUUUUGUUUUACGCACACUCGCCGAUCCACAAACCCAGCUGCGUGUGCAUCCCCAAGCCUCAAGCCCAGCUGGAAAGCAAUGGCCUGCACUCGUCAUGCACCACGUCCCGGCAAACCCCCAAGCUUGCGCAGCCCUUUCGCCGGCUGCUUGCCGUGGGCGGCGCUCCUCUGUCGACACCCCACGCUCAGCUUAUCCCAGGAAACUUUGGUCGUGGAGCGCUAUGUCCAUGUGCAAAGGACAAGGCUGGCCGUCUUGUGCUAGCACAGUGGUGCUCCCUCGCCCGCCUUGCACACGAUGACUCGCCUGCCUCUGGUCGGUUUCCGGAAUAUGGGCCUUUGGCGUAAGACACCGGCUGCCCAGUUGAUCCGAGGCUGACGUCCACCUG